GCCAUUCUGCUGGGUGGCAAAUCCUCAUGGCUGGCAAGUUAAAGUGAGCGAGUCCUACAGAGCAGAUGCUGCUGUCAGAAGGCUGCACUCAGUCUGUCCAACAAUAUGGACCUUUGUAAUGAAGGAUGAAAUCCAGGCACAAGCUGUGGGGCAGGUGGAGCAGAGGCUGAGCUGCCUGCAAACACCCUUCUGGGAAUCCCAGGAUCUGCACUUUCUGAUUGUCACCCAGCGCGUUGGGGAACAUCCCUGGUUUGGUGGCACCGUGCUGUGACCAGCCCUCCCACAGCCGGCAGUGGCACGCAGCUCCCGGUGAGGAGCAGCAGACCCUGCGCCACGGGAGGGGAGCGGGUCCCCCCAGGCAGGGGUGGCAGAAAUUCCUCCAGCCACUGGUGGAGGAGGGCUGACCUCUUCCCAGGGCACAGGAACGUGUCAGAAAGCCCUGAUGGCGAUUCUGCAGCUCAGAGAUAAAUACAUAAGGUGGAAGGCAGCCUGAAAAUGGGACUGAGGAGCAAACAGUGCUGUGUCUCAAAGCCAGAGCCAUUUGCUGCGGGGCUGGCUAAGCCCAGUGGGCCAAAGGCUGAGGAGGGAUACGAUUGCUCUCUGCAAAUACAGCGGGACGUAAGAACUAUCACCAGAGAAGAGGGUAACCAGGGUCUGGGGUCCUAUCUCCUUCUGCUCUGCACCUCUGCAAACCCCUGCUUUGCCCACUGGAAAAGCAAAUACUGAACUGGAAUAGCUGUUUUCUGUGCUCCUUCAGCACACACAAGGGACUGCAGAUGAGUAGAGGACCAGGCCUCCGGUGGGUCUCGGAAGGUGACUGUCUUUUAAAAAUGAAAAGCAAACCCAGAACGGUCAAAAGGCCCUGAAAGGCGGCAAGAAUUACAAACAGGGAUUGAAAGCUAAAGAGAGAGAAAAUCUUAAUUAGAUCUCCACCAACCUGUAGAGGAACACAUUUGGAUUAAAAUGAAAUGGAGCUUUGUACUCUCCGGGUUUCAGAGCAAGAAUGGAAGAGGAAUUAUUCACAUUUGCUAUUUGUGAAGCCGGAUUGCUUUUUCUGUGAACUUGUCUUUUUAACUUCUCACCUUGUCAAAAAAUUGUGAAAAGCUGCUGGGAUGGUGUAUUUGGGGUAGUUCUUAUCACAGAACAUAACAGAAACAUUUCCAUGGUUUCAGAACACGGGCAGAGUUUCCUAUUUAAUCCUAUCCUCUCCAAGUUAACUCCUUUCCUCUGGUGGCAAGCCAGCCUGUCCACCAUUCACCAACUGGCCUUAUAUUUCUCUACCAUCGAUAUUUUCUCUUUGUGAAUAUCUAUCAAUAUUUAAUACAGCGGUGUCAGUUUUGCUGUAAGAUGAGAGGAACUACUAGAAACCUUGAAUUAUACAUUGUGUGGCUGGGGGAAGCUGGGGAGAGUUUUCUUUUGGACCCAAAGCUCUUGGAGUUGAUCUCUGGGACCUGCAGCCUGAAAUCCUAAUAAUGGACGAGCACCAGAAGAAACUCAAUCAGCGGCAUGAGGGAAGGCCCCGCAAAGUGAGGUUCAAAAUAUCGUCAUCUUAUAGCGGUCGAGUGUUAAAACAAGUCUAUGAAGAUGGGCAGGAACUGGAGCCCCCGGCCAAAGAGCACUCCCGGCGUUUUCUCCGCCACAGCUUCGAGCCAGGGGACCAUUUCUGUGGGGCUGGGGAAAUGCCAGAAAACAGGUUUUUCUCGCCAGCCAAGCUGAGUGCCCAGCGGAUCAGCAUAUUCAAAGAGGACAAGAAAUACAGUCUCACCAGUAACUCUGCUCUGCUCGGGGACUGCCAGCCAAGCGACAGCCACUGCAGGGCUUCUCCAAUUUUAGAUUUCGGCAAGAUCAUCAUCUACACCAACAAUCUGAAAAUCAUCCGUGCACCAAUGGACCAGAAAGAGCUCAUGAGAAGAGUCAUCCAGACUGAGGGAAUAAAUGACUGGGCCUUCAUAUACCGGGAAAGGAAGGAAAGAUUUGGUGGUGGACAUAAAAAAGAUGUGGAAAAAAAGGUUGCCUGCAAUCAGCAUGUGCGGGAGGGAGAUGCUGAACACGGUUGUUCCCAGUGUAAAGGGUCAGGCUCUGCGCCUUGCUCACUCUGCCAUGGAAGCAAGUUUUCGAUGCUGGCGAACAGAUUCCGAGAGUCCUACCGGGCUCUCCGAUGUCCGGCUUGCAACGAGAGCGGCCUCCAGCCCUGCCGGAUCUGUGCUGCCUGAGCCACACAACAACCACCACAGCAAUAUUGGGUUGAAAACUUGGGAUUAUUUCACCUUCAAGCAGCCUCGCUAUAAUGACAAGUUUUUAAAAGAUGGGCAAGGCACAUUGUACACAUGUCACUGUAAAUGUGAAUACCUCGGCUCUGCUACCGGCUGUCCCUCCUGUUGGCGACAUCCACUUUUUGCUUUGGAACGAGCCCAGAUCCCCGUGGGUGCAGGAGGAGCAAACUGCUGGAGGAAAUGACCAGCAUUCGGGACUUAAGCGCCUGCGUAAAUGUCUCUGGCAUCUGGAACUCGGCCUGAAUUCCCUGCCCCUGUCGCUCAGCUCGGUAUUUGGUGCCCGGCACAGCUGCGUCCUCACCCACCGGGCGCUCCAGCCACACCAUUAAAAGUGGCAGAAGGAGGUGCAGUUUGGGCACGUCAGCAAUGCGUCAGGGUGUAGAGUCUGUUUGUACGACAACAGCAGAGCGGUGCCUCCCCUAGGUUUUCACUUGCUGAACAUUUUAAAAUUAUACUGUCUUUUCUAGUUAACUCUGUACUUGCCCUGCGGUGUCACAAGCAUUUCCUGAAGACUUUGCCGAUUCUUACAUCUGCUUUAGCGGACACAGUGAUUCCUCUGGGGUCUGAUUUAUGGGUAGAAAUUGAAAACCCUUCUCAAAC